AAUAAUCCCUUGAUAUUUUUUCACAAGAAAAAAGCUAUUUUGUCUGCCAAUCAGACUUGGCAUUUCACCACAAUGUGUAUAUGACACCACAAUGUGUGUAAACAUUAGAUAUCCAUAUAAGGAACGCUCUAUACCCUCCAUUUCAAAGAUUCUGCAAAACCCUGUAGCAGACAAUAGUAGAUCUACUAGUGAUCCUCACUUUAGUUCUAAACACCCUGUUUCCGCAGCAGUACUAGUAUCAAUUGAAGCGAAGAAUUCCAUAUGGCCCAGAGAAGGAUAAACACCUACAAUGUGAGGAAUCCAGUGAGAGAAUCAGACAUUUACGAUGAAGUAGAUUUGCCUGAAUAUAACAUCAAUAAGAAGCAGUCCGAGGCUGAACCUCAGAGUCCUCCCCAUCUGCAACCAUCUGUUCAGCAAAGUGUGCCAAAAAUGAAACAUCAAAACAAGUUCUCCAGAGAGACAAAAACGUUAUUUUCAGUUGCUGCCCUUUCAUUUUUUCUACUUCUUUUUAUUGCAAUCAUUCUUGCAUCCGUGCUUAUCAGCUUACUAAAAGACACUCAAGUGAGAUGUCCCGACUUGCAGUCACCAGGAAAUGGAUUCAUUGCAAUCACUGCUGGUAGUUACUCACAGUUUGGACUAGGUGCAGUAGCCAACUACUCCUGCAACCCAGGAUUUACCUUAGUUGGUCGGAUGAUUAGAGGUUGUAGACUGUUGUCAGGGGGAGAAGAAUCCACUGGAGUUUGGAACACCACUAAGCCAUCUUGUCGAGCUAUCCCCCUUUGCCUGGCCCUGGAGUCACCCAACAAUGGUCAGCUAAGAAAAAUAUCUGGUGACAACUCCGUGGAUCUCGUGGUGGGUUCUAUAGCUGAGUUCAGCUGCAACUCAGGUUAUGUGGUGGCAGGGCAGGAGAGACUAGUGUGUAAGAGCUUCAGUAGUGGAGUAGAAUGGAAUGGGAAGCCACCAACAUGUAAACUUGGAACUUUGCUCGAUUGCCACACAACCAACUGUCGAACCAAUGAGCUAAGUUGCAUAGGUGGUGGUCAUUGCCGGAUAAGCUGUAAUGACACAAGUGCCUAUGCUUGCCAUAAUUCCUCAAUAGUAUGCUCUGAGCCAGGAGAUGGUUGCACAGUAGCAUGCAAUGAGCGAUAUUCAUGCUUACAAUCCACCAUACACUGUCCUAGAAAUGGAGCUUGUAAUAUGAAUUGCCAAGGUUCACAAGCAUGUAUGAGAGCCACCACAGAAUGCCAAAGAGGAAACUGUGACUUGAACUGCAAUGCUGAAUAUUCAUGUUCUUAUUUAGCUGUAACACUCUCAUCUGAAGGAAAGUCGAAUAGAUUGUGGCGCUAAUUAUGCUUGCCAGUACGCAAAUAUUUAUUGCCCUGCUGGAGGAGACAGCAACAUUUCUUGUGAUAACCUCUACAGUUGUCAGUAUGCUGUAAUGACGUGCGUACAGAACUCAAAUUGUAUUAUUGACUGCAGAGGUACAUAUGCUUGUAGAGGGGCAAAUGUUGCUACUAGCGAGCAGGUCACCUGUAGUGGUACUAUAUCAUGUCAAAACAGCAAUAUGAGGGCUAAAAACUAUAUGUGUAUCGGAAGCUCAUCAUGUGACUAUAGUACUCUAACUUGUAAUAACACAAACAGUUGUAACGUAAACUGUUCUGGUAUCUCAUCUUGUUCUAGAACCAAUUUCGAUUGCUCUGCCAGUAUAGAAAGCAGUCAAAUAUCAUGUACAGCUUCAAGCUCUUGUCAAUAUACCACAUGUAUUGGAGCAUAUGACAUCAAUUGUACAGGCUCGUCAGCUUGUAGGUAUGCAAACUUUCAAUGCGGUGAUAGUAGUGGUUGUAAUAUAUUGUGUGUCGAUAGCAGUGCCUGCUUUAGUGCAACAUUUACGUGUCCUGUUGGAGAAGAAUGUAACAUACUCUGUAAUGGUUCCUCUGCUUGUAGUAGUGCUACCAUUGGAUGCUCAGGUAGUGAGAGCUGCAACAUUGUCUGUCCUGGAUUCAGUUCUUGCCAGUCCACACGAAUAACUUGCCCUGCCAAUGACACUUGUAUGCUAGCAUGCUCUGGAUCCUCUUCUUGUAAUAAUGCUCGGCUAACAUGUCCUACUCAAGAGCGCUGUGCUAUAACAUGCAAUGGAACUUCUUCGUGUAGACACCUUAGUCAGAUAUGUUCUGACCAAGAAGUAUGCGAUGUAACAUGCUCUGGAUUAUCUUCAUGUCCUUCCACCCAGUUUAAUUGUGCGACUAAUGGGAGUUGUACCUUCGAAUGCUCUGGAAAAACGGCAUGUCAGACUUCAACCUUCAGAUGUGCAGACAGCAAAUCAUGUGCAAUAACUUGCAGUGGUGAGCAAUCUUGUCAAUCAGCAACACUGUACUGCCCUGCGCACAGUGACUGCAUAGUAACCUGUAGUGGUAUAUUUGGAUGUCGGAGUGCUCGAGUGGUGUGUCCAACUGGAGGAUAUGAGUGUAAUAUCGAUUGUGUAGACCCACUUUCUUGCUCUAGUUUGAGUAUCACCAACACUAACAAUGUUAACCUUCGUUGUUGUGGAGAGUUAUCUUGUGAGGGUGUGAAUGUUAUCCCCAGCUCAUACGAGUGCAGAUACAGAGAUGAACUUUGAUAAUAAAGCAAACAACACGUUCUGUAUUUUAGUAUGUACAUGUAUUAUUAUACCUCAGUGAAUUAUAAUUAUUAUAGCUACAAUGUUCAUUCAUGUUAUCAUAGACUCGAUCUGAGUCAGUUGUGAUUUUUA